UCGGUGUCUUCGGCCAUCGCCAGUCUCUCUCCUUCCGCUACCAUCAGUGCAGACUCCGCGGUCUCCGCUUCCGCUUCUGCCAGUGAGGCCGCCUCUGUCGCCGCAUCUGUCGCCCCCGUCUCCGCUUCCCCUGCUCCUUCUGCAUCCAGCGGUGGCGGCGGCGGCGGAUCCUACAAUAAUGCCUCAUCGAAUGCCAUCUUCCCCUUGGGUACAGGAUCCGCCAGCUGGACCACAGACCCAGAUAUCAGCGGAGCCCUAUCCUUCGACGCCGCUCUCAAUCCGCUAACAGCUGGGUCCUUGCCAACCAUCACGACCGCUCCAGAUGGUUCUCAAGCUAUGAGCGCGACGUAUCCUGCUGGUAUCGUCGGACUCAAGAGCGGAGGCGGAUACAGCUUCUACUCUGAGGCUGAGCACAACGGAGUCGACGUCACUGGUGCCUCGGAGAUCUCAUUCACCUACUCUGUCUACUUUCCCGAUGGGUUCGACUUUGUCAAGGGUGGCAAACUUCCAGGUGUCUACGGUGGAACUUCCCUCGAAGCUUCCAAGACGUGCUCAGGAGGUCGACAAACCGAUAGGUCUGCCUGUUUCUCCGCUCGAACCAUGUGGCGAACCAAUGGAAUGGGAGAAAUUUACAACUAUCUCCCUCCAGGCGCUACAUCUGCAAACCCCAACUACUGCUCUAUUGCUCCCAUGUCGAUCUGCAACCCUGAUUAUGGUGAUUCCAUCGGUCGAGGCGCCUUCACCUUUGCUACUGGCGCUUGGACAACCAUUUCUCAGAGGUUCAAGAUGAACGACUUUGGUCAGAGCAAUGGAGAACAAGAGUUGUAUGUCAAUGGAGAGAGCAAGAUCCUCAUCUCAAACAUGGCCUACGCUCAGGAGGAGGGCACGAAGAUCUACGGUAUCAUGGCGCAGACCUUCUUCGGCGGAAGUGAUGUCAGUUGGGCUUCCCCAUACGACCAGACUGCCUACUUCAAAGAUUGGUCCAUGGCUAUCUUGGCGUAG